AUGAUCAUACCUCACAUCAAUAACCCAGACGAAAAGGGACGUAAAAAAGGCCAUCCAUCGGGUCAUCAGGAGAAGACUCCGACCAAGGCUCCUUCUUUCGUGCAAGACUCCCUCUUCAAUUUGAAAGACCGAGAGCCCCCUUCUAUAGAGAAAAAUCCCGUUCUCUUUCCAAUUUUGGAAGGAUUAACGGAAAAAUCUAUUGGUACUGAUAGAACCACUAAUAAGGAUCUUCAGGGUAGUGAUCAGAGGGAAGAACAACAGGUUGUCAGUGGGGAGAAACUAGAUGUUGCUUUAGUGUUUGCUCAUAUGGAGCUGGAAUGUCUGACAAAAAAUGUUAUAGAAGAAAGGAAGGUUGAAGCCAAGUGGGCUAUCUUUGCGUAUUCCAAUACUGACUUUUUAGAAAGACAAGCUCAAUGGGAGUUCUAG